AUGACGUCAGAGAUGCGCCGACGGUGGCGUCACGUAGGAAAUCGAAGUGCUAAAUUUCAAGACCAGUGCGGACCUCCUACCAUUUAUGGUUCCGGAGUAAUGGUCGAGAUUUGCGUUCCGUACCGGAGACUGCACGACGGGCACUACUGUGAGGUGUGCCACAAGGAAUUCAGCACCAGCAGCCGUCUACGUGACCACAUGAGCAUGCACUCCGAAAGCAAUCCAUUUACGUGCUCCAUCUGUAACCGGAAGUUCACCAAGCGGUCCUCCCUUACCCAGCACUACCGCUACCAUCGCGAUCAUCGCAGCUUCAAGUGCAGCUUCUGCUCAAAGUGUUUCAACUGCAAUUACGCAUGUGCGGUGCACGAGCGUCUUCACACAGGGCAUAACCCUUUCCCGUGCACGGUUCCAGGAUGUGAAAAGGCCUACCCGCAGAAGAUUCAGCUGAAAUUGCACUUGUGUUCUCAACGGGUGUGA